GGACCUGAAGAACCUAAAGAAGGUGAAGGACGUGAAGGAGGUGAAGGACCUGAAGGACACAGCAGCUGCCUCUGAGUAUUUGAUCAGGUCAGGAUUGGAAGCAGCUGUGCAGCCCUGCCUGGAAACAGUUCCUGGAAGGUCCUGGAUCAGGUCACCCAUGGAUGAGUCAGCGUUGGAGCGUUACUUUGAUGACUCCAUUGCAAAUGACUCCAGCUUCCCUUUGGGGGAGGGGCUUGGGCUCCAGAGCCCUGCCCACACCCCACAUGACCCCACCCUCUCUCAACAGGACCAGUCCAGCAGAGAACCGGGGGACGAGCUCGACCUCAGCUUCCUGCCUGAUGAGCUCAGCACACAGGAAGAGCCCAGUCGCCAACACAACACAGCUGAGAGUCAGGCCACAGCUCUGGACGUGUCUCAGGACAGUGGCAUCUGUCUGGACUACAGCUCCCAGGAUUCCACACCAGCAGUAUCAGUUGACCCCCAGCAAAGUUCAUCCAUGUUGGGGCUGGGAACAGGUGCUUCCCCCUUCUGUCCCAUGACCCUCAUGACCCCCAUGACCCCCAUGACCCCCGUGACUGAGAGAUCAGGAAUCAUCCCACAGUUACAGAAUAUUGUGUCCACGGUGAACCUCGGCUGUCCUCUGGAUCUGAAGUUUAUCGCUCUCCAAGCCAGAAAUGCUGAGUACAACCCAAAGCGUUUUGCAGCGGUCAUCAUGAGAAUCCGUGAGCCAAGAACCACGGCACUGAUCUUCAGCUCAGGGAAGAUGGUCUGUACUGGAGCCAAGAGUGAGGAGCAGUCACGGCUGGCUGCGAGGAAGUAUGCUCGGGUGGUGCAGAAGCUUGGCUUCCCCGCCCGCUUCUUGGACUUUAAGAUCCAGAACAUGGUGGCGAGCUGCGACGUCUGCUUCCCCAUCAGACUGGAAGGACUGGUCCUGACACACCAACAGUUCAGCAGUUAUGAACCCGAGCUGUUUCCGGCCUCAUCUUACCGCAUGGUUGAAGCCUCGGACUCGUCUGCUCAUAUUUCGUGUCUGAGAGAAAAGUGGGUUCUGACCGGUGAUGAACAAUGA